AUGAAACCUGCCAACGUGCACGCCGCCUCACCGGAAAUCGUCCGGGUAAAAUUCUUACAAUUUAUAGGUCCAACUAACAGCUACGACGACGGCAUUGAAGAAGUGAACGUAUCAGAUGAUGUUCUCGUAGACUCUAUGACAACGAUGGCUCAAGCAUCUGUUCCGCCUGAUCUUAUCGUUUCUGCAGACUGCCAUGGAGAAAAUGAUGACAGCAAACUGACCCUGGCAUAUGAGAACCUCUAUGAAGUUCCCCGUACAAUCGUAGAGAGGUUUUCAGAUCAUAUAAAAUACUUGGAUAUAAGUCACAAUAAAAUUACCAAUUUGGAUGCAGUUGUUCAUUUUAAACAUUUGACAUCUCUGAUAGCUGACGCAAAUCCGAUCACAGAACAAUGUGUGCUACCACCAUUACCGAAACUACAGUUGUUGUGGCUGAACCACUGUAAAAUAUCAUCACUUUACCCAUGGGUGGGAAAAUUAAAGGAAUCAUGCCCCAAUUUAGAGUAUGUUAGUCUCAUGGGUAACCCUGCAGCACCAAGUUAUUUUAAUGGUGGAACAUUCUAUGAAUAUUUGCAGUACAGGCUUUUCAUAAUUUCCAAGUUCCCUUCACUGACGCACUUGGACGAUAGGAGAGUCACUGAAGAUGAGAAGGCAGAGGCGCAUCGUUUGUACAAGAGGCCACUGGUGGAGAGAAUAGUGAGCCCCGGGCCCGGAGGUCUAUCCCAGCUCAUGCACAGCUCCGUCUCAUGGAACGCCUUUCAGACUAAAAUAAGCUCAUUGUGGACACGGGAUAAGCAGGGCACAAAAAAUUUACUCAUC